AUGGGCGGGCACGCCUUCAAAGGACUGUAUUGUCCUCGCAUUUCACCAGCUGUCUACGAAAAGGUGAAAGCAGAGACGAAAGCUUUGCUGCAGACUGUCUUCGCGCAAGUCGUGGUACCGACUGAGAUGCCUGGCAAGGAUGACUUCGGCGACGUCGACUUCCUAGUCUGCUCCCCUCUCCACUUCAAAGGUACCACCACCAUCGACACAUUCCCCUGGCAAAGCACCGUAUCCCUCAUCAAAGACGUCCUCGACACCACCCAUGGGCGCCAGGGUUAUCUUACCCCCGACUGCAUGUACUUCGCCAUCGACUCGCCCCACGGCGAAGAAAACUAUUUCAUCCAGAUCGACGUCAAGGUCUGCUUCAAGCCGGAGCUGUUCCACUGGUGCCACUUCGAGCUCAACUAUGCAAGCAACAGCAAGAUGAUCGGCAGUAUGGUCAAACCACUGGGUCUUACCAUGGAUCCUGAGGGUGUCCAUGUCCGUGUUGAAGAGAUGGAAGAAACGAACUUUCCUGGUAGCAUGGUGUGGGUUAGCAAGGAUCCGAAAGAUGCGCUGAGGAUCGUGGGCUUGGAUUGGAGGAUCUUGGAUGGGGGAUUCGGGACUAAGGAGGAGAUCUACACGUACCUGGCCAGCUCAUGGCUCUUCCACCCAGGCCACUUCGCCGCACGACUAGCCGAGGAAAAGUACAACGAUCGCCUCGAAGACCGCGCACCGUACUGGACACACUUCAUCAAAGAAUGGGUUCCGCAGCACUACCCUGGUUACCACCACGUCCGGCACGGUCCAGAAAACGGCCAAGACAACGGCAGAUCCGGCGAAGACAUCGAUGAAACCCUCCCAGCAUGGCAAACCCGCACCAGAACAGCUGUCCGCAACAAAGUCUUCACCAUGUUCCCCCACAUCGCAAGUGAAUACUACACCAAGCGCGCCGCAUGGGUCAAAGAGCGCGAAGAGCAGAGACUGCGCGAGCUCAUCACGCAAGCCAUUCCAACUGGUCAGAAUGGAUGGAGUAGUGACGUACCUGUUCCAACCAUCAUAGUCAAAUACUUUCAGCCGCAGACCCCCGAUCUCGAACCCACAACCACGGGGGAGAUGACACCCCCGUUGACACCACCGCUCACACCGAGUUUACCAUUCGACGCUUCACCGACUUCACCAACAACCCUAGUCCCCCCUCUCAUCUCCCCAUCUCCAUCCACCUCCUCCCCAAACCCACCCCUCACCGUCUCCUCCCUCCCCCUUACCCCACCCCUCCCCUUCACUCCCUCCCCCCCUCCACCCAACAUGUCCGCUUCCGCCAAACUCCUCUGUCUCUUCCGCUGGACACACUUCGACGCUUCCACCGGCACACCCUUCCUGGCUUCCGUGCCGCGCGACAAGGACUUCACGAUGGCGUGGACAGAUGCGCAGUAUGCUGGUGCCACGGAUGGGGUGCUUGUGCGGUGGGCGGAGGAGGUGUGGUGGAGUGUUUGGGUUAGGCAGUGUGUGGUUAAUUAUAGGGGGAUGUGGAGGAGGAGGUUUGAGAAGGCGGGGAGGAAGGGGGCUGUGGAGGGGGGGAUGGGAGGGGUUGAGGAGAAAGCUGGUGUUGAGGGGAAGGAGAAGGGAGGUGCGAGUGUGGUGGGAGAGAGGGUGGAGAAGGUUAGGGGGAGGUUGAGCAGGUUGAAUGAGAGUUUGGUUGGGUUGGUUUAG